CUCUUCCAAACUGAGCUGAGCUGCGCGUCAAAACAUUGCGUCUCCUGCAGAAGUCGCCUGGGCCGAGGAGAAGCGCAGGAGACUCGCGGCUGGAGGGAAGGCAUCACGGGCUGUGGGGUUGGCACAGACACGAGGAAGGAGCUGCCACAUUUCACUGGCUACGUGGAGAUCCGCAGUUUUUUCUCCCCUCCAAAGGUGUUCGCCUCCCGACCCACCGCCCACCACGGCCCUCACCUGUGUGUUGCGGUGCUUCCCUUGUGAGCCGACCUGGGCUGGCAGUCCGUUCUUGCACCGCCCGCCAACCCCGCCCAUGGUCAGAAUGACGCGCUCCAAGACCUUCCAGGCGUACCUGCCGAGCUGCCACCGGACCUACAGCUGCAUCCACUGCCGAGCUCACCUGGCCAACCACGACGAGCUCAUCUCCAAGUCAUUCCAGGGCAGCCAGGGCAGAGCCUACCUGUUCAACUCAGUGGUGAACGUCGGGUGUGGCCCCGCAGAGGAGAGAGUGUUGCUUACAGGCCUGCACGCUGUAGCAGAUAUCUACUGUGAGAACUGCAAGACGACCCUGGGCUGGAAAUACGAACAUGCCUUUGAGAGCAGUCAGAAGUAUAAAGAGGGCAAGUUCAUCAUUGAGCUGGCCCACAUGAUCAAGGACAACGGCUGGGACUGAGGGACAGGCACCCGGGACAUGACCGACUGCAACAGUGGAGGGGGGUACAAAUGGAUAGAGGAGGGGGAGCAGGGGGGGAAUGUGUGUGGUGGGUGAGUGUGUGACUUUGGUUUGGCUGAUUUACCAUUAACCUUUGUAACUCUCUGCCAAUCCCUCCCUACCACACACACACACACACACACACACACACACACACACACACACACACACACACACACANCACACACACACA